AUGCGCUCCAACACAGCCAUUAGAGGUGGGAGCAAUAGUGGCAGUCGUGGUGCCCCCGUGAUCAUAGGAACAAGCACAUCGAGUAGUGGACGACCGAUGGUAACAGUUCCAGCUCCAUAUGUCCCUGAAGAACUGGUUUCACAAGCACAGGUGGUGCUUCAAGGCAAAAGCAGAAACUUGAUAAUUAGGGAAUUGCAGAGAACCAACUUAGAUGUGAACCUGGCAGUGAACAAUCUUCUAUCCCGAGAUGACGAAGAAGGCGAGGAAGGAGACGAUGCAGCCGAUUCUUACGUUCCUGAAGAUCUAAUCUCGCUUUUAGAUGGUGGCUUUCACACAGACCAUUCAGUCAUCAUUGAUGCUGACGCUAUGUUUUCAGAAGAUAUGUUUGGAUAUUCUGGAAUGAGAGGACGCAGCAGUCAAAGUGGUAGUGGCCCCAGUGGCAGCGGACGUCGUAGCAUGGCUGAUAGAGAUGCACCCAUUACUAGUUCCGAUAGAGAAAGGGAAAAUUUCUCAAGAUGGAGAGACAGACAAUACUUAGGACCCAGAAGAUGGUUGGAGACGGCUCUUAGAGACCCAUACGAGAAAGAUUCAGAUCAUAAGAAGAAAGACAGCGCUUGUCCACUGUGGAUUUCGGAUGAUUUGGAAUUUUGGCCAGAGCCAGCGCCUAAGUUCAUACAAAUAGCAACUUUGUACAGUGAAUUGAUCGCCCUUUCUUCAACUGGUCAACUGUAUCAGUGGAAAUGGAGUGAACAUGAACCUUACAAACAUCCUGAGAACCCCAAUGUCCAUCAUCCAAAAACAAUCCCACUGGGUUUAGCAAACGAGAAGAUUACCCAACUUUCAGCAUGUUGUACACGCUGCUCUGUUGCAUCAGAAACCGGGAAAGUGGCAACGUUUAUAGAUGAGGGUCUGACUAUGGUUGCUGGGAAAUUAGAACAACCCGCGCAGGCAUAUACUGAGUUCCAGACGGACAAGAUCGUUCAGUUGUACACUUGUCCCUUGUACACUGUUGCCAGAUUGGACAGUGGAAGUCUAUAUUGGUGGGGUGUCCUACCAUUCACCCAACGCAAACGCCUAUGGGAGAAGUACCGCGCCAAAUGCCGCAAACAACGCCCAAGCACGAACGCUUCCCAAUCUGAGAUCGUCACUGGGUCCCAAGUGUGCAUGAAGAACAGCCCCAUGUACCAGACGGGCGCCAUUGGGAUCACAAUCGUGGGUAGCGUACCCAAAGUGGGCCAGCUGAUGAACGCAGCAUGGACGCUGAGUGACACCUGCACGUUCAAGGUGCUGAAUGUGAACGGUGGAAGUAGUACUAAUGGGGCAACUGGGGGCGAGAAGGCGGAGAAAAAGACAGAAAAUUUGACAGCAAAUCUAAGUACCAAAAACUCGUCAAAAGAAAAUACUGACAGACUUGAUAUGCCACCACCACCAUCUCCUGCAUCUAGUACAUGCAGUGAUACAGGCAGCAUCACCAAUAGUCACAAACGUCAAAAACGUCUGACCGCGUCGUUGUCAGCUAACGACGCAUCAUCUUCCUCACUGGACCAGCGUAAAGACGAAGAAGAAUGGUUGUUGAGGGACGUGGUGUUUGUGGAGGACGCCAAAGGCGCUCCAGUCGGCAGGGUACUCAAAGUAGAUGGCGCUUAUGCGGCAGUCAAGUUCCCCUCCACAUCGCAGAACAGAGAUCGAGAAGGCAAGGAAGAUGACAUUUGCGUCCUGCUAGAUUGUAGGUUGAUGAGAAAGGAUGACCUACAGGUGAUAAAAUCCUCUUCAACGUCUCGCACACCAGACUGUUUCCAACGCACACCGCGCCGCGUCCAGAUCCCGGAAGUAGCCUCGCCAUCAUCCGGCGGCAACGGCCAUUACGGCGGCUCGGCCAAGAUCCUGACGUUGGCCGUGGACACCAGAGGCGUGCACACAAUUGUGCGCAACGGGGACAAGCUUAACUAUGUGCUGUACAAUGUGAGCAGCGGUAGAGUGGAGAGAGACAAUCAGCUUCCGGGCAAUUUCAUGGCGUUCAUGGGCGCUGGGGCUGGGAAUGUCGAACUGACGUGUGCAGGGGAGAGCUCUGAAUCAGUGUUGAUUCUCCGUGACGGCAACAACACUAUCUACCCAUUGGCCAGAGACUGUGCCGACGCCAUUCGUGACCCGCAACCCUUGGACUUGCCGCCUGUCAAGUGCAUUGCCACCGGGUCUAUAGCACUGCUUGGCGCAACCGGACCUAAUAUCAAGAAUCAAGCUGCUGUUGUAGUGUUCGCAUUGGAACAGCAGUUGCUGAUGCCUAGGAUACUCAGGUGUGACGUUGAAGGUGUCAGGCAAAUGCUGGCGCAACUUGAUAGCGACAUAAAAACACAUAACUUGGCAGCAUUGUCAUUUUUAACUGAGAGGUGUGACGGCAAUAGAAACGUUUUCCAUGCUGUAGUCAACAUGUGUACGCCUACAUCAAACAAAGAUUCUGAUAGUGAAACCCAACAAUCAUUCAGCCAAGACGACCCGAUGCCUACAGGCAACUGGCCGCCAGAAUUCGAGGUAGCAUCUGGCGAUGAAGACAGCCUGAUGAGCCUAAACAAGGGGAGUGGUGGAGCUGUUGGGGGUGCGAACGCAGGAACUAACUGCGGCGGAAAUGGUACCACUGCGGGGGUUGGUCCUCCCCCGUUGGAUCCGGCUGAAAGAAGAGCGAAUGCACUGCAGAUCCUCCGAACGUUGCUGUAUGAUUCCGCUGCGGUCGAGGCGCAUCUUGUUGAACUGCUGUGUGCUAAGGAUGCCCAAGGCCAAACACCAUUUAUGUUGGCAGUAUCAUCUCGUAGCUACCCAGCUGCGCUAGAAUUGUUUGAAAGAAUCAUGAAGUAG